AUGUCUCCUCCUUGCUACGCAGACAUUGGCAAGUCCGCUCGUGAUCUCAUAAAAAAGAAUUUUGAUCUUGGAGUCCACUUCAUCUCAUUUAAGGGCAAAAAUGAUCCCUUCGAAUUCACUGCCUUAAUGAACAAUGUUCUACGUGCCGGAAAAGUUGUAGGCUUAUUUGAGUCGAAGUAUAAAGCCAAAGAUUACGGUCUAACGCUUACCGAGAAGUGGUACUCGAAGAGCUACAUAUCAGCUGAGGCGACCAUCGAAGAUAAGCUCAUUGAAGGUUUCAAAAACAGCAUCAAAAUGACAUACGACACGAACACAGGAACAAACCGGACAAACAUGAAGUCUGAGCUUAAGAAGGACGCGUUUAACGGCUCCAUUGAUUUUGUCUUCCGCAAAGCUGUCCCCAAUGUCACUCAAUCGCUUGUUCUUGGAUAUCAGGACUAUUUGCUGGGCGCCGAUGUUCAUUUUGACUCGGCUAAGCAAAAGAUAGAUCAAGUUGACCUUGCUUGUGCCUACUCGGCGAAAGAUUUUGGUUUCCACGGAAUCAUCACUCACUGGGCUAAAACCUACACAGUCGGUAUUUACCAGCGGCUCACUGAUCGGUUUGAAUACGCGGCAGAGGCGACGUGGAAUCGUGAUGUACCCGAUAACAAUUGGGCUGUUGUGGGCCAAUUUGCCGUUGACCAAGACAGGAAACACAUGCUCAAGGUCAGACUGGAUAACCUGCAGCGUAUUUCCGUGUCCCUUAAGAGCCAAAUCAUGGAAGGCGUGAAGACCACGUUCUGCGCGAUGUUUAACGACGCCGACGACACCCAGGUAGGAAUCGGCCUUGAGGUGGAACGAUGA